AUGCACACUGUGGAGGCGGAGGCGCACAGGCGCUUAGCACUGCUCCCCAAUUGCUCCAAUCUCAUCGCACGGUGGGAUCGCCAGAUCUGUGGCCGCUGGCUUCGCUUUCUUCCAGGCUACCAACGCCGUCUCCGUUGCAGGGUCGCUGUCAGAGCUAGGGCUACAAAAUCGGGCGGCGCGGGUCGCUCGCCGCCGUCGGCAGGCAGGAAGAGUGUGGCCUCGCAGCUGGUGGAGCUAGCUACUCUUCUCAGGUCUCGUUUCCACUCCCAGGCGGAGGCAGUCCCGGCCGGUGGAGGAGGAGGAUGGACGAGGAAGACGGCUGCCACCGCCACCACACCAUCCGGGUCGCGUCGUCCUCCCCAGUUCUGUUUUAAAUCAAUACACCAAGCUGCCGCCGACCGCGCCGACGGCCAAGCCGCCGCUGACCCGGAUUCAUCUGCACCAACAGAUCACAGAGUCACAGAGAAACAUCUCGAGAUGUCUUCUCUUCAGUUAGAGGCCUCUGGUACAAGUGAGAGCACUGGUAAUAGUUCGUCACAAACACCAAAUAGAAAGGCACCAAUCUGGGAGUAUUAUGAGCCGGAAUUGGUCAGGAUAGAUGGUGCACUAAAAGCAAUUUGCAAGUACUGUGGAACAAAGUUGAUUGCAAAUAGAAAAUCAGGUACAAAUAGCCUUCGAACUCACAUUGCAGAGUACUGCCCCAAAGUCCCUAAUGAUGAUAGGAACAGAUUUGUCGCUACAAUGAAGAAAAAGCCAGAUGGUUGUCCAUUCACCUUUAAUAAGCAGAGAAGUCGUGACCUGAUGAUUGCAUGGAUUGUUAGAGCUGAUGUAGCUUUCAACAAGUUUGAUGAUGAAGGUUUUUAGCCUUGGAUGGAGUCAAUGCAACCUACUUUUAGCGGCAUAGGGAGACAAACGAUUCGUAAUGAUUGUGUUGCUAAGUUUGAGAGAGCAAAGAAUUACGAAGUGAACUUCAGAGUCUUAGCUCUCGUAUAUGCUUCACUUCGGAUCUUUGGACAUCAAACCAAAAGUUGGGAUAUCUUUGUGUUACAACCCACUAUAUUGGCCCUGAUUUUGUUUUGAAGAAAAAGAUAAUUGCAUUUAAGGAUGUGAAGUAUCCACAUACAGGUGUUGCUAUUGAGGAAGCCAUUACAACUGUUCUGACAGACUAUGGAAUCAAAGAGAAGAUGAUAUUGCCUUAAUUUAGAUGUAGUUGUUGAGAAACUUGUAUGAUAGCUACAUGGUUUUUAGUAGUAUCUGAAGGUUGGAUCUGUUGCUUCAGAGGUGACUUUAGUAGUUGAUACAGCAUAUAACUUACAGUCAGUAGUGAUUAUGUUUUUUUUUUAGUUUCUUGCAGGAGCAUUUGAUGUAAUCUGGAAGCUGCGACCUAUUAUCUCUCAGCUGGUUCUUUCCGUCUAAUUGUCAAGCAAUAUUUUUCCAUGAAGUGUAGUUUAUG